UAGUUGUCUCUCUCUCUCUCUCUCUCUCUCUCUCUCUCUCUCUACAUUAUCAGAGAGACUGAGUAAUGUGGUCUUUCUAGAGUCAUAUUUGUAGCCUUAUUCAUUUAAAUUUCCUUAAAUCAUAAGAAAUAUUUGGCAUGUUUCAACACUGAAUGAAUAUUUACAUCGAUUUCUUAUGUUCUACAGAAACAAGAAAUGGCUACCUUUCAAAUCCGUAUAUUCAGUCUUCUAUGGGUCUGUUGCUUAAUAUCAAUGAGCCAAGCUCAUAAUACUCCAGUGUAUAAAGAUCCAAAGGCUCCAUUAAACAAUAGAAUCCAUGAUCUCAUGAGCCAGAUGACUUUGGCUGAGAAGAUCGGUCAGAUGACUCAGAUCGAGCGCCUAGUUGCAAAUUACAGUGUGAUGAAAGAGUAUGCGAUAGGCAGUAUCUUGAGUGGAGGUGGGAGCGUUCCUUCUCCUCAGGCUAGUGCCGCUGUUUGGGUAAGCAUGGUGAAUGAGUUCCAGAGAGGCGCUUUGGCCUCACGCCUUCAAAUCCCCAUGAUCUAUGGCAUUGAUGCAGUUCAUGGCCAUAACAAUGUCUAUGGAUCCACAAUCUUCCCUCACAAUGUGGGGCUUGGAGUAACCAGGGACCCUGAUUUGUUAAAGAGGAUCGGAGCUGCAACUGCUUUGGAAGUCAGAGCAACUGGCAUUCCUUAUACUUUUGCACCUUGCAUUGCGGUUUGUAGAGAUCCUCGUUGGGGUCGAUGCUAUGAGAGUUACAGUGAGGAUCCAGAAAUUGUCAAGGCAAUGACUGAGAUCAUUCCAGGAUUACAAGGAGAUGCACCCAAAAAGGGUGUGCCUUUUGUUGCCGGAAAGACAAAGGUUGCAGCCUGUGCCAAGCAUUUUGUGGGUGAUGGAGGAACACACAAUGGCAUCAAUGAGAACAACACCAUUAUUGAUCGCCACGGUUUGCUUUCAAUUCACAUGGGUGGUUACUAUCACGCUAUUAUCAAGGGUGUUUCAACUAUCAUGGUUUCAUAUUCAAGUUGGAAUGGAGAGAAAAUGCACGCCAACCCUGACUUGGUCACCAAUUUCCUCAAGAAGACCCUUCAUUUCAGGGGUUUUGUAAUCUCCGACUGGCAGGGUAUUGACCGGAUCACAAGUCCAGCCGGCUCCAACUAUCCUUACUCUGUCUAUGCCGGAGUUAAUGCUGGCAUUGACAUGAUUAUGGUUCCUAACAAUUUCACGGAGUUCAUCAAUGAUUUGACUGAACAAGUUAACAAUAAGUCCAUUCCCAUGAGCCGGAUCGAUGAUGCGGUGAGAAGGAUUUUGAGGGUCAAGUUCCAAAUGGGCCUUUUUGAGAAUCCCUUGGCUGAUCUCAGCUUGGCAGACCAACUUGGCAGCCAGGUUAGUUUAUCCAUUAAUUCCCAAAAUAUCCACUGUUCAUAAUCUAUGCACAAUUUC